GAAAGAGCUGCGCUGCCAGAAUGGCCCCAAGGACACUCUGGGUGGGACAGGCUACGGGAACUCGGGGAGGCUGGGGGGUCAUCUACUUGGUAGCAUCUCUGCUCCUCCAGCACCCAGGAGUCCACAGCAAGUGCUACUUCCAAGCUCAAGCCCCCUGCCACUAUGAGGGGAAGUAUUUCACCCUGGGCGAGUCUUGGCUGCGCAAGGACUGCUUCCACUGCACCUGUCUGCAUCCGGUCGGUGUGGGCUGCUGUGAUACGUCCCAGCAUCCUAUCGACUUCCCUGCGGGCUGUGAGGUACGCCAGGAGGCAGGAACAUGCCAGUUCUCCCUCGUGCAAAAAUCUGACCCUCGGCUGCCCUGCAAAGGGGGAGGGCCCGACCCAGAGUGGGGCUCAGCUAACACCCCUGUGCCUGCGGCGCCUGCUCCCCACUCCAGCUAA